CUUUCAACAAUAUCUCUUUUGCCUUAAAACAACUAUGGCUCCUGCUCUUCAACAACCAACUCCAUCUGAAACAAUAACCAUCGAUGCAUCAUCGGACGUUACCAUCACUGGAAAGAUAUACACACGAGUUCGUCUUGCUACGAAAUCUGAUCUGUCUCAUAUAUACCAAUUGUUUUACCAAAUCCAUGAAUAUCAUAACUAUACUCAUUUAUACAAAGCUACUGAGUCCUCCUUAGCUAACUUGCUCUUUAAAGAAAACCCUCUUCCACUUUUCUACGGGCCAUCCGUGCUUCUACUCGAAGUCUCUCCAACCCCUUUUAACGAACCCACAAACGAAGGGUUCAAGCCUGUCCUUACAACUUUCGACCUUAAAUUCCCUGUCGUUGAAGGACAAGUUGAGGAGUUCAGGUCCAAAUAUGAUGAUAAGAGUGAUGCUUACAUUGCAGGAUAUGCUUUCUUUUACGCUAAUUAUUCAUGCUUCUAUGACAAGCCAGGAUUCUAUUUUGAGAGUCUUUACUUCAGAGAGAGUUAUAGAAAGUUGGGAAUGGGGAGUUUGUUGUUUGGAACAGUUGCAUCUAUUGCUGCCAACAAUGGGUUCGUAUCAGUAGAGGGAAUUGUAGCAGUUUGGAACAAGAAAUCAUAUGAUUUUUACAUAAAUAUGGGAGUUGAAAUAUUUGAUGAGUUUAGGUAUGGCAAAUUGCAUGGUGAAAAUCUUCAAAAGUAUGCUGAUAACAAGGAGAAAAAUGACGAAGGAAGCUGUUAGCUAUUGUGUGUUUUUCUUUUAUAUGUUGAAAGUUCAAUUCAUACAUUUCUAUUUGUAAUUUUGUAAAAGCAGAAUGCUCAUUACAUUUGUAUUAAUUCUAAAUUGGCUAUCAUAUAUAACAUAAUCUCUGUGAUUCAUGAUUUAA